GUGUAGCAGUGAAAUAGCGCCCUUCCCCAAUCUAGUGCGCACUAUGUAGUGAGUGUCUGGGUUUGGGACAGAGCCGAUGUGCAUGCCGCUGAAGGAGAGUGAGAGGUGAAACAGUACAGCUGGAGCAGACACACGCGCGCGGGUUCUGAGGUUCUGGAGCUCUGGUGAGAAGGUGUGUGAACAUGGCUGAUCUCUCUGAGAGGACACUGCAGGCCGCCAUCUUGAUCUCCUUCGCCGCAGGGUUCGUGGCGGGCUGGCAGGCGAACCGAGCGCGCCGGAAGUUCCUGGACUGGAGGAAGAAGCGGCUGCAGGACAAACUGACGGAGACUCAGAAGAAGCUGGACCUGGCCUGAACAGAACCAGAACCAGGACAGGCGUGUGUCAGUGUGUGAUCAGCAGGUCUCCUGAAGCCAGUGACUCUCCUCUUCCUCCUCCCUGACCUCUGACCUUGGAGCCUGGACCCUGAUAUUCAGAGGUUCUGCUCUGUUUGUCCUUACACGAUGUUGAGAAACACAGAAACACCCAGACGAGUGACGCUACAGACUUUUACAAACACUUUACACUUCAUUUUAUUUGGAUAAAAGUGUUUUAUUAUGAAUGUUUUUGUAACCAGAUCUUUGUAAUAAGCUGAAUAAAUGGAAUAAAUAAAAUGUUUUACUAACUAAAAGUCGUGUUCACUGAAGUACAGCUCUGGGGUUUAAACCCACAACCUUCUGGUUAGUAUGGAAUUUAAACUGGAUGUUUGUUAAUCCGUAUUCUAGGUAAUAUUAUUCCUCAUAUUCUUUGUCUUAAUUUGUUUAUCAGACUAGUUAUUUGGGUCACAUGGCUCGAUGGUGCUUUGCUGAGUUUAUUGUUUAUAAAACAUU